GCGGGAAGCUGUCCAGGAGCUGCUACCUCUGGCCACCGCCUUGUGCCAGCUGACAAACUGCUGAAUUUAGCUUAGUGAAGGUCACCAACUGAGCACAGUUAAGCUUCUAAUGGUUAUUUUCUGUUGAUGUUGCUGGCAUGGAAAGCACCCUGGAAGAAUGCAAUUCAAGAUUAAGUCUCGUGUCAGGAGAAAUGGACAGCAGCAGUUUCAUUCAGUUUGACGUGCCUGAGCACAGCAGCACCGUUCUGAGCCAACUGAAUGAGCUCCGCCUGCAAGGGAAGCUAUGCGACAUCAUCGUUCACAUCCAGGGUCAGCCCUUCCGAGCCCACAAAGCCGUCCUCGCAGCCAGCUCCCCAUAUUUCCGGGACCAUUCAGCAUUGAGCACUAUGAGCGGCCUGUCGAUAUCUGUGAUUAAGAACCCCAGCGUGUUCGAGCAGUUGCUCUCCUUCUGUUACACUGGAAGGAUGUCCUUGCAGCUGAAGGAUGUUGUCAGUUUUCUCACUGCAGCCAGCUUUCUUCAGAUGCAGUGUGUCAUUGACAAGUGCACACAGAUCCUAGAGAGCAUCCACUCAAAGAUCAGCGUGGGAGAUGUUGACUCUGUUACCAUUGGUGCUGAAGAGAAUUCUGAGAGCCGCAAUGGGGUGAAAGAUGGCAGUUUCUUCACCAAUCCUGUUGAGAUCUCCCCUCCAUACUGCCCUCAGGUACGGCAGCCUCCAGUCAGCAGUGAUCUCCGGAUGGAGACAACCCCCAACAAAGCCCUUCGGAGCCGCUUACAGGAAGAGGGACACUCAGAUCGGGGGAGCAGUGGGAGUGUGUCUGAGUAUGAGAUUCAGAUAGAAGGGGACCAUGAGCAAGGGGACUUGUUGGUGAGAGAGAGCCAGAUCACUGAAGUGAAAGUGAAGAUGGAGAAGUCUGACCGGCCCAGCUGCUCCGACAGCUCUUCCCUGGGUGAUGAUGGCUACCACACGGAGAUGGUUGAUGGGGAACAAGUUGUGGCUGUGAAUGUGGGGGCCUAUGGCUCUGUACUCCAACAUGCGUAUCCCUACUCCCAGGCAGCUUUACAGCCUUCUAGUGUGCCAGAAGCUUUUGGAAGUCAGACCAAUUCCAGUCCAUCCAGGUCCAUGUUGAGCUGCUUCAGAGGCCGUGGGGCCCGCCAGAAGCGGGCUCUGUCUGUUCACCUGCACAGUGACCUGCAGGGUGUGGUGCAGGGGUCUGACAGUGAAGCCAUGAUGAACAAUCCAGGUUAUGAGAGCAGUCCUCGGGAGAGGAGUGCCAGAGGUUACUGGUACCCAUACAACGAGAGGUUGAUCUGUAUUUACUGUGGGAAGUCCUUUAACCAGAAGGGAAGCCUCGACAGGCACAUGCGGCUGCAUAUGGGAAUCACUCCCUUUGUGUGCAAGUUCUGUGGGAAGAAGUAUACGCGCAAGGACCAGCUAGAGUAUCACAUCCGGGGCCACACUGAUGACAAACCAUUCCGAUGCGAGGUCUGUGGGAAGUGCUUUCCAUUCCAGGGCACCCUCAACCAGCACCUGCGGAAAAACCACCCGGGUGUCACCGAGGGCAGGGUUCGAAUGGAGUCCCCCGAAAGAACAGAUGUGUAUGUAGAACAGAAACUCGAAAGUGAUGCGUCAGCCUCAGAGAUGACGCUAGAUUCCCGCCUGGAAAUCCACACAGUGUCUGAUGCGCCUGACUAAGGAGCACCUGAACAAAGCACAUCAACCAAUGCGUCCUUGUGAUUUGCUUUGUUGUAAUCUUUGCUUUUCCCCACCAUCUGGAAAUCUCUCGAUUUUUCGCUAGUUUCUCUGAAGGUUCUGGUUGGGGUACUUCUUGUGUUUACCCUCCCCUCCAUUCCCCUCCCGCAAGGAGCUCAAAGCAUGAAGGGCAACGUAUCCAGGGAAAACACAGGCUGACAGUAUUCCUCUUUGGCUAAAUGCUUCUCCCAACUCUGCCAGUGAUUCAGCUAUGCCAACUGGUCGAUCCCACGUUCUCUGCCAAGAGGCAGGUACUCACUGUGGGUGCUAGCCCCAGUGCAGUUUCAUGGUGAGAGGCUAGGAUGCUGUCAGCUGGUACAAAUGGGUAAUCUUUUCUAAUUUAAAAUUACUUCUAGGGGGUAGUUAGACAAUUUAUAUAUAUAUACAUAUAUAUAAUAAAGUGGUUAUUAUAUAGUAUAUAUAAUUCUCAAAUUUGAGUUUAUUCUGGUUGAGGUGAAUGUAAGAAGAAUAUAUAAUUUAAUACAAUGUGAGCAGAGCUCUGGCUUUGUUUCAGCCCCACCUACUAUGUUAGUUUUAACCCUUUGUUUCCCUUACAGAAGAAUGUCAGUAGACUUUCAUGUAUAGUAAUCAUUGUGUCCAAAUCCAAACAAAGCAAAUCACAGUGUUCAUAGCUCUGCUUCAUAACAAACACAUAAACCAAAUGCCAUAAGGUUCCUUCAACUGUAGUGGGAAACCAUUUUGGAAUUUUUGUUUGUUGUCCAGGUACACUGGACAGCCUGUGGUGCUGACCUUUCUACACAGUGUAGUGUUAUAUUAGCCAACCCCAAAGGAGCAGUGGUUUUCAAGAUUUUUACUGGCUUACAACUCUACCUUCAUUCUGUACUGUAGAAGCGUACAUACCAGGUAACUAAACCGUCCCACCUAGUUAGCACUCUGACUAAAGGACAGGAGUUUGUAGAGCUUGUCUAGAAAAUUCUCCAAGCAGUGUUGUGAUUUUGUUACUUUGUUUCCUUUUUUUUUUCUUUUUUUUCUCUCUCUCCUCAAAUAGCCAG